GUUCUUCGGCUAGCGUCAUGGCUGCCGCCGCCGCUCUGGAGGCGGCGGCACCUACUGGUGCCCUGUGGGGCCUCGUACAAGACUUCGUCAUGGGUCAGCAGGAAGGUCCCGCUGGCCAGGUGGCUGCAGAUGUGAAAUCCGGCAGCUAUACAGUGUUACAAGUGGUAGAAGCCCUUGGGUCCUCUCUUGAUAAUCCAGAACCCAGAACUCGGGCACGAGGAAUCCAGCUCUUGUCACAGGUGCUACUCCAGUGUCACCCCUUGCUUCUGGAAAAGGAAGUGGUACACCUGAUCCUGUUCUAUGAGAACCGGCUAAAGGACCAUCAUCUUGUGAUCCCAUCUGUCCUGCAGGGCUUGAGGGCACUUAGCCAGUGUGUGUCCUUGCCCCCAGGACUAGCUGUCUCUGUGCUUAAAGCCAUCUUCCAGGAGGUACAUGUACAGUCCCUGCCCCAGGUGGACCGUCACACAGUCUACAAUAUCAUCACCAACUUCAUGCAAACUCGGGAAGAAGAGCUAAAGGGCCUAGGAGCUGACUUCACAUUUGGCUUCAUCCAAGUGAUGGAUGGGGAGAAGGAUCCCCGUAAUCUUCUAGUAGCUUUCCGCAUCGUUCAUGACCUCAUCUCUAGGGACUAUAGCCUGGGACCCUUUGUAGAAGAGUUGUUUGAAGUAACAUCUUGUUAUUUCCCUAUUGAUUUUACCCCUCCACCUAAUGAUCCCCAUGGCAUCCAGAGAGAAGAUCUCAUCCUGAGUCUUCGAGCUGUGCUGGCUUCUACACCACGAUUUGCUGAGUUCCUGCUACCCCUUCUGAUUGAGAAAGUAGAUUCUGAGAUUCUGAGUGCCAAACUGGAUUCUCUUCAGACCCUGAAUGCUUGCUGUGCUGUAUAUGGACAGAAAGAGCUGAAGGACUUCCUCCCCAGCCUUUGGGCUUCUAUUCGCAGAGAGGUGUUCCAGACGGCAAGUGAGCGGGUGGAGGCAGAGGGCCUGGCAGCCCUGCACUCUUUGACUGCGUGUUUGUCUCGCUCUGUGCUGAGGGCUGAUGCUGAGGACCUCCUUGACUCCUUCCUUAGCAACAUUCUACAGGACUGCAGGCACCAUCUGUGUGAGCCAGACAUGAAAUUGGUGUGGCCAAGUGCCAAGCUGUUGCAGGCAGCUGCAGGUGCAUCUACCCGAGCCUGUGACCACAUCACCAGCAAUGUACUGCCCUUACUACUGGAGCAGUUCCACAACCACAGUCAGAGCAACCAGCGGCGGACAAUCCUUGAGAUGAUCUUGGGUUUCUUGAAGGUGCAGCCAAAAUGGAGCUAUGAAGACAAAGAUGAAAGGCCUCUGAGUAGUUUCAAGGACCAGCUAUGCUCACUGGUAUUCAUGGCCCUAACAGACCCUAGCAGCCAGCUACAGCUUGUUGGCAUCAGGACACUUACAGUCUUGGGGGCGCAACCAGAUCUCCUAUCAUCUGUGGACCUGGAGCUGGCAGUGGGUCACCUGUACAGACUGAGCUUCCUGGAGCAGGAUUCCCAGAGUUGCAGGGUGGCAGCUCUAGAAGCAUCAGGAACCCUGGCCAGUCUCUACCCCGGGGCUUUCAGCAGCCAUCUAGUACCCAAGCUUGCUGAGGAGCUGCACAAAGAGGAAUCAGAUUUAGUUAGAGAGGAUUGGCACACCAAAUGCUCCCGGCAUCUGCUCUGUCUGCAAGCUUUGUCAGCUGUUUCAACACAUCCCAGCAUCGUCAAGGAGACGCUGCCUCUGCUGCUGCAGCAUCUCUGGCAGUUGAACAAAGGGAAUGUGGUUGCAGGAUCCAGUGAAGUUAUUGCUAUCUGCCAGAGUCUCCAUCAGGUGGCCGAAAAAUGCCAGCAGGACCCUGACUGCUGCUGGUAUUUCCAUGACACGGCUGUACCUUGCCUGCUUGCCUUGGCUGUACAGGCUUCCAUGCCAGAGAAGGAACCCUCAGUUCUAAGUAAGGUGCUGCUGGAAGAUGGGGUCUUGACUGCCAUGUCCUCUGUCAUUAGCACUGCCACCACUCACCUGAGACCUGAGUUAGCUGCUCAGAGUGUCACCCACAUUGUGCCCCUCUUCUUAGAUGGCAACACCUCCUUUCUGCCUGAAAACAGCUUCUCAAGCAGAUUCCAGCCAUUCCAGGAUGGCUCCUUGGGGCAGAGGCGGCUGGUUGUACUGCUUAUGGCUUUUGUCUGCUCUUUGCCUCGAAAUGUGGAAAUCCCUCAACUGAACAGACUCAUGCGGGAGCUUUUGUCACUGAGCUGCUGCCACAGCUGCCCAUUCUCCGCUACAGCUGCUGCCAAGUGCUUUGCAGGACUCCUCAACAAGCACCCUGCAGGGCAGCAGCUAGACGAAUUCCUCCAGCUGGCUAUGGACACAGUGGAGGCCAGCCUGAGCCCGGGGCCUGCUCGUAGUCAGGCCUUCACACUGCUGCUCUGGGUAACCAAGGCUCUAGUACUCAGGUACCAUCCUCUCAGUUCCUGCCUUACAACUCGACUCAUGGGCCUCUUGAGUGAUCCAGAACUAGGCCCUACAGCUGCUGAUGGCUUCUCUCUGCUCAUGUCUGACUGCACUGAUGUGCUAACUCGUGCUGGCCAUGCAGAAGUGCGAAUCAUGUUCCGCCAGCGGUUCUUCACAGACAAUGUGCCUGCUCUGGUCCAAGGCUUCCAUGCUGCUCCCCAAGAUGUGAAGCCAAACUAUCUAAAAGGUCUGUCUCAUGUACUCAAUAGGCUGCCCAAGCCUGUGCUCUUGCCAGAACUGCCCACACUCCUUUCCUUGUUAUUGGAGGCCCUGUCCUGCCCUGACUCUGUGGUCCAGCUCUCUACCCUCAGCUGCCUUCAGCCUCUUCUACUGGAAGCACCCCAAGUCAUGAGUCUUCAUGUUGACACCCUGGUCACCAAGUUUCUAAACCUCAGUUCCAGCCCAUCCAUGGCUGUCCGGAUUGCUGCGCUGCAGUGUAUGCAUGCUCUCACCCGCUUGCCCACUCCUGUGUUGCUGCCAUACAAACCACAGGUGAUCCGGGCCUUGGCCAGGCCACUAGAUGACAAGAAGAGACUGGUGCGCAAGGAAGCUGUGUCAGCUAGGGGAGAAUGGUGAGUUCUAAGUCAAAGGUAAGACAAGUAAACCUCACUGCUAACACUGCCUUUAUGCCUACAGGUUUCUGUUGGGGAGCCCUGGCAGCUGAGUCCCCAGCCUUCCGUCCUGGUCUACACGCUUAAAACUGACAAUCUAACCUAGAAUCACCAUCGAGCCAUUCUGCCCAAGGCAAGAAGACCACUGACCUUUCCUUGCCAUUCUCACCAACACAGCACAAGACCUGGGCAUGUGUUCCAUGGCUGUACAAGACACAGAAGUCCUGAUUCCUAACAGAUUUGUGAAGUAACUAAGCAAGACUACUUGUGUUUAAAGAAAGUUCUUGGGUUGUGGGGCUCUCCCAUUGUAUCUUAUGUCAGGAGAAGGGAGCUAUGCUGCAAAGGGGUGUGUGCAGUUGAGUGUGACCCUGAGGACCAGGGAUAGUGGAUGUGUGUGUACUGCUGAGGAAUAAAAAAAAUUUUGGUAAUGAAGCUGUCAAGUAUUUCCCCCAUCUCACAUAUACUUCAGUAGCACAUAGCCGGGAGGCCUCUGUAGCCUUAAGCUACAGAAGUAGUCAUGA